AUGGAUGCCGCGAAAAAAUUCCACCAGUACGAACGUUACCUGCGUACGCUCUGCAACGUGCUGGGGUUCGAUGUAGUUAGUAAAGGGUGGAAAAAAUCCUUUCGUACCUAUGUGACGAUCUUUCUCUGCGGCCAAUACUUCCUCUGGAUGGUGUGGUCAAUCAUUAUAGCGAGCGAUACGUUCGAGCUGCUGAAGUCGCUCUCGUUCAUCGGGUUCUUCUUUCAGUGCUCGUCCAAGAUGUACUACACGAUCGCGAAUGCGGCCCAUUACGGGAACAACUUCGGUGGGCUGCAGGAAACAAUCUACAACGCCCAUAUGGACGGGACGGUAGAGCAGAAAACGGUGAUCGAGCGUGUUAUUUCGGUGAUCCUGUUGGCAACGAAAGCUACCACCGUGCUGUACACUUCGUCCCUGUUUAUCUUUUCACUCUAUCCGGCGUACAUGUACUUUGUGAUGAAUGUGAAAGUGACGAUCUUUCCGCUGUACAUACCGGGGAUAAACAUUUACUCGGCGUACGGGUAUGGGAUUACGAACUCGCUGCACAUGCUGAUAGCGGUGUACGGUUUGCUCGGCGCUCUUACGUCUGACACAGCGUUCAUGCUGUUUGUGAUGCAUUUCAUCAGCUACGGGGAACUGUUUCGAAUCGAGUGUGAACAGUUUGCACGUGAUUUGAGUGAUUUUGGUGAGCAGUGGGAAAGACACACGCCACAGUACAAAGCUUUCUGUUACGAUCGGAUGCGUGCGCUGUAUCAGUACCACCAGAAGGUGAUCGAGUAUCUUAGCUCGCUGCAGGAGUGUUAUCAUAGUAUCUGCGUAUUUCAGGUAGCUUCCUGCAGCUUUUCGGUUAUGUUCAACCUUUUUCUGGCGCUUACGACUGAUUGGUACGCCACGUACAGUUUCAUUGUUAUCUCCUGGUUUCAACUGUUUGUCUUCUCGCUGCUGGGUACUGUCAUGCAAAUUAUGAACGAUCGGUUGAACAUUUACAUUGCGAACCUGCCCUGGUAUUUGCUGCCGAACGAGGAACAGCAGCGGUACAACUUUAUGCUCGGCCGUAGUCAACUUCCCGCCGAGAUGGUCAUCCGUAGCGUUGGUCCAAUGAAUAUGGAAACCUUUACCGAUAUAAUGCAGAAAAUCUACUCAGCCUUCACGAUGAUGUACAGCUUUCUGGUGGAUCUCGGUUAA